AUGAAUAGUAGCUCAAAAAUCCGAAAGGGGUCUCGCAAUAUGAAGUACAAGAAAAUCAGUCACGACCAAAGAACUCACAUAAUAAACGAACUUACUAAAAAUGGAAAGACCCUAAAAGAAGUAUCCGAAGAUACUCAAUUGAAACCAUCAACUGUGAAGGCAAUUCUAUAGGUCUAUUUGAAGGAGGGCAGAAUAGGGAAAAAAUCCACCAGGGAUAGAAAAGUCAAAUUACUCAACACUACAGUGAUCGCAUUAAUAGACAAAACUAAAAAUAGCGAAUAUGCUAUCGAAAACUUAUAGUUCAUCCACCCUCUGAUUCGCAUAAAUUAGCAAUCUUCUGAGAUUUCUCAUAAUGGUUAAACACUCACUGAGACUCAAUAGAAUCUAGAUUAGUAUUCGAAAUAGCUUGUGAUGAUGCAAGUCAAGGAUUUCCUACGAGAAAAGAAAUCAGAAAUAGUGGACUAGUUGGCUAACCCUUUGGCUAAAUAAAAUUUCCUAAAUUAGUUAGCCUAAUUUGAAGUGAGUGAGCAAUUGCCAUUUCAAGAAUUAAAGAAAGAGUAAUUGUCUGCUGAAGAUGAAUCGUUUUUAGAGAAGAUAACAUAUCAUUUAAAAUCGAAAGUAAAAAUCUGA